CUAAUUCGAUGUUUAUCUUGAAUUCGGAGCAACUACCACGAUGCAAGCCAACCCUCGUAAUAUCGCGAAAUUGUCUCUAGCGACCAAGCUAGUAUUUAAACUGGGUACGAUCCUAAUUUCGAUAUCAGUCUUGUAACAGCAAGAACAAACUACCAACAUGUACAAACUGGUUGUAUUCGCCGCCCUCCUGGCUCUCGCCGCCGCCAAACCAGGCAUCCACUCGGUUGCCUACCCCGCGGUUGCUGCGUAUACUGCGCCAGUUGCCGCUGCGUAUACCGCGCCAGUUGCCGCUGCGUAUGCCGCGCCAGUUGCCGCUGCGUAUACCGCGCCAGUUGCCGCCGCGUACGCCGCGCCCGUUGCCGCCGCGUACACCGCGCCAUUUGCCGCCGCGUACACCGCACCAGUAGCUGCCGCGUACGCCGCCCCUGUUGCUGCUGCGUAUACAGCGCCAGUAGUAGCUGCCGCAUACAGAGCUCCUGUUCUACUUAAAUGAAAUCCACGAAUUUAAGAACUGAUGUAA